GCUCUGCCUGCUGGAGUGUGUGUGGAGACAGAGCAGGAGGAAAGUGUGUGUGCAGUGGCUGUGUGGACAUGUCAUAGUUCACUCUGGGAGCCUGAUCAAGCCGGUGGACGUGGUUACAACUUGACAUUAUGCCUAUGAUGAGGACCCAGCUUGGAGUUUUAUUUUUGUUGGCCCAGUCGGUGGUCUACUCUGAAGCUUGGUUCUGGUCCUGGAGUGGUACUACAACGUUGCCCCCAACAGUGGAACAUGAGGGGUCUGGCAGUCCAGUGGGUAGUGGAGAACCGCCGUUAGAGAGUAGUGCAAUGGUUGGAGCAGAGAUCAUUCAUGAAGGACACAUGAUCCAGCAAGAAGUCCAGACUUCGGAUGAGACCACUGAGGCUCCUCAACUGGCCACCUUAAUACCUCCUACAGUACCAGAGAAUGAACAUGCCUCAGAAAAGAGCACUGCAGGGAGCUCAUCACUCAUAAACACACCUGGUAAUGGCACAUCUUCAUUAAAGGAAGACAGCGGAGUCUCGCUGCUGCAGCUGAUUGGGGAUCCUCCUUCCAGUGAGAUCACCCAAGUCUACGGACCGGACAACACCCCCGGUUACGUCUUCGGCCCAGAUGCCAACACCGGCCAACUGGCACGCGCCCACUUCCCCAGCCCGUUCUACCGAGACUUUGCUCUCAUUUUCAACCUGAAGCCCACCUUGGACCGAGGCGGCAUCAUCUUCUCCAUCACAGAUGCCUUACAGCAGAUCAUGUAUGUGGGUGUUAAACUGUCGACCGUGCGGGCCGCCAAGCAGGACGUCAUCUUGUACUACACGGAGCCCGGCUCGCAGCAGUCCUACGAGGCUGCAAGGUUCCCUGUGCACUCCAUGAGGGACACCUGGACCCGUUUUGCUAUCGCUGUGAGGGACGACAAGGUGAUGUUCUACCUGAACUGUGACACAGACCCUCAGGUGAUGCGCAUUGAGAGAUCCCCGGAUGAGAUGGAGCUGGAGAGCGGUGCUGGGGUCUUUGUUGGGCAGGCGGGUGGGGCCGACCCUGAGAAGUUUGUGGGCGUGAUUGGUGAGCUGAGGGUGGUGGGAGACCCCCGUGCAGCUGAGAGGCAAUGUGAGGAGGAUGAAGAUGACUCAGACGUGGCUUCAGGGGAUGGAAGUGGCUAUGGAGAAACCAGACCAGCCAAACCCAACGUGGAGAAACACAGAUUUACGACGACUUCUCCACCAUCUCGGCCCAUCCAGCAGCCACCGCUGACCAGGAAAGAGGAAAGAGGCAAACAGGCCGGUGCAAGAGAAACUGACUCCGGGGUUAGACUUCUUGGGUCAGCAGGAGUAACUGGGCCGAAAGGAGAGAAGGGUGACAGAGGAGAGAAAGGAGAUCGAGGCACAGUUGGGCCAAAGGGAGAAUCUGGCACUGGCUCACGGGGUGGAGCCCACGGAGAAAAGGGAGAACCUGGUGAAAAGGGAGCAAAGGGCAGUGCAGGGUUUGGAUAUCCAGGAACAAAAGGUGACCCUGGACCUCCUGGACCCCCUGGGCCCCCUGGCCCUCCAGGUCGUGCAACUGAGUACUCAAUUAAAGGGGACGGUUCGGUUGUUUCAAGAAUCCCCGGACCACGAGGACCACCUGGAUCGCCAGGCCCCCAAGGGCCUCCAGGAGAUGAUGGAGAGCCAGGUGAUCCUGGUGAGGAUGGAAAAACUGGUCCCCAGGGACCCCCAGGCUUCCCAGGAACACCAGGUGACUCGGGAUCCAAAGGAGAGAAGGGAGACCGUGGAGAGGGUCAGCCUGGCCCUAGGGGACCGCCAGGACCACCAGGACCAGGAUUCAGAUCUACCUUUGUGGACAUGGAGGCAUCUGGAUUUCCUGAUCUGGAUUCUGUCCGGGGACUGCCUGGGCUACCAGGUCCCCCUGGCCCGCCUGGUCCUCCUGGUCUUCCUGGUUCUUCCACAGGAGGCACAGCACAUAGUUCAGGAGCAUUUGGACCAUCAGGCAAAGAUGGGGCACCUGGUCAACCUGGCUUGCCUGGUUUACCGGGUGCAGAUGGCCUGCCAGGAGCUCCUGGACCCAAAGGGGAAAAGGGUGAUUCAGGCGAGCUGGGUCUCCCAGGAGCAAUUGGAGAAAAGGGAGCUCAAGGAAAGCUUGGUUUACCAGGACCUCCAGGAGACCCUGGACUGGCUGGUCUGCCAGGACCCAUGGGACCAGUUGGGCCUCCUGGGCCCCCAGGACCUCCAGGACCAACUUUUCGUGCUGGAUUUGAUGACAUGGAGGGCUCCAGUGGGGGAUUCACUAAUGCACUUCCAGGUGUCAGAGGACCAGAAGGAUUACAGGGUCCUCCUGGCUUACCUGGACACCCAGGUAAACCCGGAUUACCCGGCAUACCAGGUCCAAAGGGAAACCAAGGUUCUCCAGGAAGAGAUGGACAGCCAGGACUGGACGGCUUCCCUGGACCUCCGGGACAAAAGGGUGACAGAGGCGACAGUGGACAGAGGGGUGAACCAGGUCGAGAUGGAACAGGACUCCCGGGUCCACCGGGUCCACCUGGACCACCAGGACAAAUCCUCUAUCAGCCGUCUGACAACUUUGAUGCCGUCCUUGGCAGAGUCGGCCCUCAGGGGGGGCCUGGUUUACCUGGAAGAGCAGGAUUUCCUGGUCCUAUUGGACCAAAGGGAGACAGAGGUGACCCUGGCCCACAGGGCUAUGGAGUGAAGGGGGAAAAAGGAGAGCCGGGCUUAAUAAUCGGACCUGAUGGAAAUCCUCUGCAUCUGGGAGGCCUCACUGGUCCGAAGGGAGACAGAGGAGGUACAGGACCAGCUGGACCCGCAGGCCCGUAUGGACCUCCUGGAUUAAAGGGUGAAAUUGGAAUGCCUGGAAGACCUGGUCGCCCUGGUGUAAAUGGAUACAAGGGUGAGAAAGGGGAGCCGGGAGGAGGUGCUGGUUACGGCUAUCCUGGAGUCCCUGGUCCACCGGGACCACCAGGGCUACCUGGACCCCCUGGGCCAGCCUUUCCAUUAGACCGCUUCAAUCGCUAUGAUGAAACCUCAAGGAGUUACCCAGUUGUCAAAGGGGAAAAAGGAGAACGUGGUGAAACAGGACUUCCAGGGAUCCCAGGAACGGCUUCUAAUUUCGACAUUUACGCAUUCAAGAACGAAAUGAAAGGAGAGCGUGGAGAGACUGGUGUGAAGGGAGAGAAAGGAGAGCCUGGUGGUGGAUAUUAUGACCCACGUUUUGGAGCACUACAAGGACCACAAGGACCACCUGGAAGUCCUGGUUUACCAGGUCCAAAGGGAGAGUCUAUAGUGGGCCCUCCUGGACCCCAAGGACCUCCAGGGACGCCAGGGAUUGGUUAUGAUGGCCGUCAAGGUCCUCCAGGACCACCUGGACCUCCAGGACCCCCAGGUUCUACAUCAUAUCCUGGACCUUAUAGGCCCAAUUAUCCUGUCAGCAACCCAGGCCCUCCCGGUCCCCCUGGCCCACCUGGAAGUCCUGGUCUCUCCUCUGGGAUUACAGUUCUGAGGUCGUACGACACAAUGAUCGCCACUGCCAGACGCCAGGAUGAGGGCAGCCUUGUCUACAUCAUAGACAGGGCAGAGCUUUACUUGAGAGUGCACCAUGGAUUGCGACAAGUCAUGCUUGGGGACUACCGUCCUUUCUUCAGAGAUCUGGAGAACGAGGUGGCAGAAGUCCAGCCUCCACCUGUGAUUCUGUACCCUCAGUCCCAAGACCAGUCCCAAAACAAUGGAGCGGGCCAUUACUCCCGGGGUGAUACUGUCAUACAGCCUAUUGAACCUCCACCUGCAGACCCCAGAUACCCCCCUCAGUAUGAUCCCAGAUUCCCUGACCAGAGAUACCCGGGUCAGACAGAUGGAAUAUCAGCCAGCCAGCACACUGAGAGACAUCCUGUCACUCCACAGCGCCAACCCAACCCACCUGUACUGGGGCCAAUUGGUGGUGUUGACACAUCGAGACCAGGGCUCCAUCUUAUUGCCUUGAAUGCCCCUCAAAGUGGGAACAUGCGGGGAAUUCGGGGUGCAGACUUCCUGUGCUUCCAGCAGGCUCGGGCUGUGGGCCUGAAGGGAACCUUCCGAGCCUUCCUGUCCUCCAAGCUCCAAGACCUCUACACCAUCGUCCGCAGGUCGGACAGGGACAGCUUCUCCAUCCUGAACCUCAAGAAUCAAGUGUUGUUCAGCAGCUGGGAGUCUAUCUUCGCAGAUAACCUCAGUAAAAUGAGGGAGAAUGUACCCAUAUACUCCUUUGAUGGAAGAGACAUCCUCAGGGACAGUGCAUGGCCUGAGAAGAUGGUGUGGCAUGGAUCGAGCAGCAAAGGCCACCGGCAGAUGGACCACUACUGUGAAACAUGGCGGGCGGGCGAUCACGCCGUGACCGGCCUGGCGUCGUCGCUGCAGAGCGGCCACCUCCUGCAGCAAACGCCCAGCAGCUGCUCCAACUCCUACAUCGUCCUCUGCAUCGAGAACGCCUUCACGUCGCCCUCCAAAAAAUAAACCCAGUUCAUCCUCCGUCUUUGUUCGUGUGUGUGUGUUCUGGGUCUUAGUUAAACACACUUUUUAUAUCCAAGAUCUUUUUUUUUUUUUUCCACCAUGAAACAGCUUGUAAAGAUGUGGCGUCCAUUGAACUGACCGUCCUGCACGUUGCCUGGCAGGGACGCCUCCCAUUGUCUGCUCCUCCCUUCCAUAAACGCCAAAGAGAUGGGUCAAACAGAACCGGGUUGGUCUUUUUUCUUGGGGGGGCCUUGGCACAUAUUUUCUCCACGGGGCAGAUCAACAGCAGAGGGGAUAACAAUCGUAUCCCUUUUGUUUUUUUUUUUUGUUUUUUUUAAUUCUGUAUAUUAUAAGUUUGUCAUUUGUGGGUUUUUUUUUUUUUUUUUCAAUGUUAUCAAUGUUUUACCUUUUGAACUGUUUUUAAAGAUUCUUCAUCCAUCCUUUUUUUUUUGUUUUCUAGGUAUUGACAUGUUCACAUUUUUUCCAACUUCAGUGUAGAAUUUAGGUUCAUGAUGGGGUGCAGCAAACUUUUAAGGACUAUUUUAAAUUUUAAAAAGAGAUAGAUAUUUAUUUUUAAAUGAAGUUAUGUAAGGACAGAAACAAACAAAAAGUUUUUAAAAGAUCCUCAUGUUUUUUUUCUACACAGCACAGAAUUUCCAUUUCUCCUCUAAGUGCUUUUGAUCAGAAACUGUGCCUUAUAACACACCCAGCAUUGCUCCACACACUAAGCUCAUAGUGAACCACUUCAUGAUUAUUCUGCAGAUCUAAACAUGCUAUUUGGAGAUUGAUGCUGUUAUAAGAAUAAUCCCACAUUAAGAGCACAGGAUUCCUUUGGAAAUUUGAGUGUUUUUGAUAUUAAAUGAUUAUUUGGCCUUUUGCCACCUUAUUAAACCUGUUAGUUUGUACGCUGGAAACAAUUAGCCUGAGGCUCAUUUUAAAGUGGUUGCUGUGUUGGGUGUUGGGGGCAGGAAAGUGUUUGCAGCAGCCUUCAAUUCAGUUUCAGACACUAACUUUUGGCCUUGUACCUGUGGAUAUGAUUUUUCUUUUUUAUAACAAAUUGUGCUGUACUGUUUCACCCAGGCACUGAAUUAAAGAGUUUUUUCAACCAGU